GAGAGGGAGAGGAGAGGGAGAGGGAGAGAAGAAUGCAUUAUUCCAGGGCCAAGACCUGUCCUUAAAGUCCCACAGCAUCCAUAGUUCAUCGUCUGUCAGGAGUCUUUUAAACUUCAGUCCAUCAGAGGGUUAAACCAGUGAUUAGCUCAACUCUCUUAUGAUCUAAUCUUCACUGGAGACACCUUAGACACACCCAGAGGCCGGUUUCACUAAUCUCCCAGGAACCUCUUAAUCCAAUCAAGUUGACUGUCAAGAUUGGCCAGUGCUGUCGCAUAUUUAAUGAAGGGAUUAAACAACAGGUAUUUAAGGGAUGGGUGGGCCACUCUGGGCUUUGCUACAUCCUGUGUCUCUGUGAACAGCUCUCUUGGGCCUCGUGGGAUCCAGGUGGCUGCAGCAUGGAUCUGAACUGCACUGGUGGCCUACUGGAAAAAGAAGCCCGGAGAAGGAGGAUUAUUCUAAACCAGAGUCAAAAGGACACCCUUCGUGUGUGGUUUGAAAAGAAUCCCAAUCCUGACUUAGCUACCAGGGGACAUCUGGCUAAGAAACUCGGCAUCUCUGAGUCUCAAAUAAUGACUUGGUUUCAGAAGCACAGAAAAAUACGGAAACAAGUAGAGUUUGAAUGUUGCUCUGAAGAAAGCCAAGAGCAAGGACAGGAUAAACCGAGAGUUAAAGAAGCUGGGAGGAGCAGGACGCAUUUCACAAAGUUCCAGAUUGAUAUUCUAAUCGAAGCUUUUGAGAAGAAUCGAUUCCCGGGGAUCGUUACCAGGGAAAAACUGGCUCAAGAAACAGGCAUCCCAGAAUCCAGAAUUCAUAUAUGGUUUCAGAACCGGAGAGCACGGCACCCAGACCCAAAACAGGGUACUCGGGCAACUUCUCAUCCGCCCGAGAGCAGCCAGUGCCCUGCCCAGAAGACUACUGGUCAACUUGCUCCUUCCAAAGAUCCCACCAGCAGCUGUUCCGUUAUAUUGCCUCUCUCUCCACCCCACACGCCAAAUGGUCCUUUGGAUCUCUCUAGGGGCCGUCAGAAGCAGUUACCAGAGACCACAGUACUACAGCCCUCCCAGGUUGUACAGCGAAGGGGCGAUGAUCAAAAUCCCUCACUGUUUAUUGAUCACUUAUCACAGGUAAAAAGUCCAGGAGAGAAGGAGGACUUCCACACUCAGGCUCCUUUACAGCUCCCAAUCCAAAAAAGAGGGCAUAAUCCCAGUGAGAACAGUGGUUUGGCUGUACCGCCCUUAGAAGAUUCUACUCAGGUUUCAGCUGUCAAUCAACACUUCCGGAAACCGGACCAAAAAGAUCUCGGCUUUCUCCAACACUGGGACGAAUGGUUCCAAUCCAUGCUUGCCGAGUGGAUGCCUGACAAAGGAUACUGGGCCGUGAAAACUGACCUGCACCCGUGGCAGGCACAGCUGCUGCAGCUCCUCUAUGUGUCUGAGCAGACAGACCAAACUCCACAGCAGCCGGUUUAAGCCUCAAGCCUUUUUCGUUAAUUCCUCUUGGACAUGGAUUUUCAGGACAGGAUCUAUUCUUUCUGCAUCCAGGUCCCCAACAUGGGUUCCUGCACAUGGCUCGGGGAGCUUCUCAGAAGAGUUUCAGGUUCUUCUUCACAUGGGGAGAAGUACAUCAGUGAGUCAGAUUCAGGAGAACCUGUCUUUGGGCAUGAAAUCAGUGGAUUUAUUGAAGACUAGGUAUGCAGAAUUACAGAACAAGUUCAAGUUAGAAUAUGCAUAAACCUAAUGGACUCACAAAGGGAGCAAUUAUUUUUAUUCUUAAUUUAUUCUUGAGAUCUGAUCUUGCUGUUAUUCCGGUUGGCCUUGAGCUCCUGCGCUUAAGCCAGUCUCCUGCCUCAGCCUCCUCAAGAGUCAGCACUACAAAUACAUCCAUGUUCACCUUGGUCUCAAUUUUAAUUAUGGUUUAAAAAAAAUCAUAUUAAAAAAAAUCACGGUUUCAUUUAC